GUCGGCUUGACGGCGGGGGACCAGUCAGUGAUAGAUCAUGAGUUUUGUUGUCGGCUCUUGCAGUUGGCUGUCGGGUGCGAUCAAUUAAGUAUCACAGAGUUGGCGUGCAUGGAGCUGGUGUCUCGGAAGUUACACGUGUGUGAAUAUAGACAUCGGGAGCGAGCGAUCGGCGCCGCCCAGGGCGACGAGUUGCUCGAGGAUGCCCACCUCUACCCUGGCGUCGGGGAGACGCGCGGCCUGGCCAUGGUCUCGCCCUCCCUGCUGUCCUACUUUUCAAAGAAGUUGAAGACGGAGGCCGCUAUCCUGAAUGAGAGGCGGAAGAUGCGCGAGGAGCGCGCCGAGCAUCAAGCGUCGGCAAGCAGCAGGGGCGGGAAGGGAGGACAGGCGGCUUUGCAGAGCCUGGUCGACAAGCAGCGCUCGGAAAUCACGGUGCUGAAGGCUCAGAUCGCCACCCCCCGCAAGGCCGGCUCGAAGCGCGAGGGGCUUGGCCGCCCGCCUGGCGGCAAGCGCGGCCGCAGACGACGGGCUGUACAGAAUGCGUUCAUCAACUCGUCGACGUCGGAGUGCCUGGCGGCGGUCAACUGGCUCUACGGCAAGGAGGGCAGCCCCGACUUCAACUCCCUUUCUCUUGCUCAGCGGGCGGGUGCGUUGGACCUGAGGCGGCGUUUGGCGGCGCUGGGCCCGCCGCCUGUCAGCUUGGCGGCAGCUCUGCGUGAGUUGCGCCGCCCCACCCCAGGCUGCCUCGAUGAGCCUGCGAAGCCAGCCACGUUCUCCGUUGACUCGAUCGCCCUCCCGCCGGAUGACGCCAAGUGCAAGCCCGGCGAGCACCUGGACGCCUCCUGCACCAUUGCCCUGCUCUUCGUCGCAAAGUCCGAUGGGGGACGCCGACUGGUUCUGGAUGCGAGGAAGGUCAACUCCUACCUUCACGACCCCCCCACGGUGGAGCUGCCGACGGCUGGGGCGUGGAGCGGUUUGCGCACCCGAGAGGGCGACGAGCUUGUGGUCGAGCAGGUGGACAUCGAGGCGGCCUUCUACCGCGUGGAGGCCCCCGUCGGGCUGGCCGAGCUCAUGGCUGUGCCCAGCGUUCUCGUGUCUGAUUUGCUGAAGCUCGAUCUCUCGUUGCCCGUGGAGAUGGUUAAGGGUGAGCGUGCCGCCCCCCCGCCUGGUCGCGCUCCCCAUGGGGUGGAACUGGUCCCAGCACUUUUGCCGCGCGUCGUCCCGUCGCACGUCUUGAAGGCUGGCUUCCGCGAGCAGGACAUGAUCAGCGACGAGCACGUGGUGAAGGACGUCGCCCGCGGCCCAGCGGUCGCCGCAUACGUGGACGGCGCGGUGGUGGUCGGCGUGGAUCGGAAGCGGGCGCGGGACGGCAUUGCAGCCGUCGAGCGCGAGCUGGAGGCUAGCGCGUUGCGCUGCAAGGGCAUCGCCACCACCGCGGACGAGCAGUCGUUCACGGGUUUGGUGUUCUUGCGCGGCACUGGCGAGGUUCGCCUGUCCUCCAGCCGCCUGUGGAAGAUGCGCCUCGCCCUAUUGGAGCUGGCGUCUCAGAAGUAUGUAUCUGGUCGCGCUGCGUUCCAGCUCGUCGGCCACUACAACUGGGCGGCACUAUUGAGGGGGCCCCUUCUGUCCGUGUUCAGUGCGGCGUAUCGGUAUGCGCGCAAGGUUGGUGACAAUGUCUGGCGGCCACGGCCCGACGUGGCGGCUGAGCUGCGCGCCGCGGGCGUGCUGCUGGGCCUGGCCUACCUCGACGCGAGGCGCCCCAUCGACCCCCUCGUGACAAACGCGAACGCCUCGUCUGGAGAUGGCGACCCCGAGGGCGCGCUCUUCGGCGGCUUCGGC